UUCCACUGUUUUGAUACAUUUCCAACUAUGAGCCUGUCUGUCUUCUCUAGAGGGUCCACACUGUACUUAAAAGGUAAAUUACUGUAUGGAGCAGAUACACUGCAGUGUGACUAUAACAGAUUAUCUCUUGGAUCGGUUCCUGUGUAGACACCAGCUUGGGGUGCGGUUAUGGUUUGGCUCCUCUUCAUGUUCUCUCCCCCCCACACAUUCUGGUAUAAGGAAACAAACUUUGUGAAAUGUUACUGUCUGCUGCUUCUUCUUCUUCAUAGUUUCCCUCUUAUUCGCUUCUCGUCUCUGAUCUGCACUAACCGUAAACUGGGGGAGGACCUGUCAAUCCACUUUAAUAAAGGAACUGAGACAGCCAUGGCCUCUGCGGAUCUUUUGGAAGAGCUGAAUUGCUCCAUCUGCCUGGGCAUUUAUACCGACCCAGUCACCCUGAGAUGUGGACACAACUUCUGCCGGGGCUGUAUUGAUCGUGUGUUGGAUACCCAGGAGAGGUCCAGAGAAUACUCCUGUCCUGAAUGCCGAGAAGAUUUCCAGGAACGUCCAGCGCUGAGGAAAAACACAACCCUGAACAACAUAGCCCAGCGCUUCUUGUCUGCUCAGCCUGAAGUGGAGCAAGGUCCAAUAUCCUGCACCUAUUGUAUCCAGUCUUCGGUGCCUGCCGUUAAGUCCUGCCUGUUGUGUGAAGCUUCUCUGUGCGAGAGUCACCUAAAAGUCCACAGCAAGUCCCCAGAACAUGUCUUAUCUGAGCCCACUAUUAAUUUGGGUAGCCAAAAAUGCUCCAUCCACAAGAAGAUCCUGGAAUAUUACUGCAUAAAGGAUGCCGCCUUUAUCUGUGUGUCCUGCAGAUUGGAUGGUGACCAUAAAGGACACAAGAUUAAAACAAUGAUAGAGCUUUCAGAUGAGAAGAAAAACAAAUCAAGACAACUCUUGAGUAACCUGACCACAAGGAGUAAAGAAACCGAGAAGAGCAUUCAGAGACUUCAAGAGCACAAGAGGAAAAUACAACAAAAGGUUGACAUUGAAGUCGAUAAAGCGACCAUGAUAUUUAGAAACAUUAAAAGACAACUGGAAGACCAAGAGAAGAAAGUCUUGAGUGAAGUCUACAGGCAGGGGGACCAAGUGUCACUCCCAGUCACUCAACGUCUUAAGCAGCUUGAGAUGAAGAAGGAAGAGCUGUCCUGCAAGAUGGAUUACGUCACAAAACUGUGCAACAUGGCCGAUCCAUUUAAUGUCCUACAAGAAAAGGAACUUGACAGAGAUUCAUUUCACAUCAAGGAUGAUGAGAGAGAAGAUGUAGGUGAUCUGGACAUAGGUCUAAUCUCAAGGACUUUAAACACAGGUUUAUCUGACUUUAUUGCUGGUGUGAAGAAACAAACCAAUAUGCAGGAGGCUUUGGAUAUAUCUCUAGAUGUAAACACUGCUUGUGAGGACAUUGAUAUAUCGGGUGACUUGUCUACUAUAUCACGAUCAGAAAUAAAGCAGUAUCAUCCAGAGAGAUUCGAGUACUAUCCUCAAGCUCUCAGCAUCAAGAGCUUCUCCUCGGGACAACACUGCUGGGAAGUGGAGACAAGCGAUUCGGGGAACUGGAGGAUCGGAGUCAGCUAUGCCAGCAUCGGAAGAAGAGGCGAUCACUCAUAUUUUGGAGAAAACAGCAAGUCCUGGUGCUUGAGGAGAUACAAUAUUAAUCUGUACUCAGUGCUACAUGACAGUAAGGAGGAGCAAAUAAGUCACAAAGUCUCCUGUGACCGAUUGAGAAUAUGUCUGGAUUACGAGGCUGGGCGGCUGUCCUUUUUUGAGUUGACCGACCCAGUUACACAUUUACAUACUUUUACUGCCACCUUCUCUGAGCCCUUACAUGCUGCAUUUUGUGUAUGGGAUGAUUGGGUAAGGAUACUGAAAUAGAAAUAUAUAACAGAAAGAUAUAUACUCUCCAGUAACCAUCUGCAUGAAGAGGCCAUGAGCAGUGAGCAGAAAAAUUUUUCCAAAAUGAAGUGAAGGGUAGUUCAGCAACAGUACUUAUUAAGUCACAAAAAUAUGUAAGUCAAAUCCGCACAACAUAAAAGACUGAGCAUCAGGCCUGACGCGUUUCAGUCUUACAACCUUAAUCAUAGACCCAGCCUCGUAAGACUUAAAUGUGUCAGGCCUGAUGUGUAGUUUUUAUGUUGACUUGACUUCCAUAUUUUUAUGGCUUAAUAAAAAAAAAAGAUUAUUUCAUUCAAUCCAGACAUAUCAAAAAUCGCUGUAAUUGUUGUCCUUGUAUUACUCUUUGUAUGAGUUGUCAGGAGUGAGGGAAGUGGAGUGACAACUGCUCGGAGCACAUUGGUUGCUAUUUGACUACUCUUUUGGUAAACUAGGCUGAAUAUAGUGCUCACUCCAGCACUGACUAAUAUAAUACUUGUGGUCAGGAUUACAUUGCUAUACGCCAUGUAGUUUGCAGGCAGAGGAUGCACGUUGGCAUUAUGGUGCAGUUGGCCUAAUGGCAGAAACUCCCCUGGCUCGAUCCUUCUAUACUUCAAUUGGAGAUGCCACCAUACUUAUUCACCAAUCCUGCCAAAAUUGGUGGCUUUGCCCGACCUUAAUCUACUCUUUAUGGCCAGCUUUAUACCCAACAAUAGGUAAGAUACCCAAAAUUUUCAGAAAGGGAGACCUCAGCAUAUUCUCAGUACUAAUACUAUGUUUAUGUUGCUUCCAAUUUAAGCUCUUUCUUUUCUGUAAACUUUUGAAAAAAAUAAAUACAUUUUUAAAAAUGUUAAAGGGUUUCUCCACCAUAAGGUGAUUUUAGUACGUACCUGGCAGACAGUAAUGGACAUGCUUAGGAAGGAUCUGCGCUUGUCUUGGGGAUAAAUGGCUAUGUUGUGAGAUUACAUAACACUGUGGCUAGCUUUUUGUGAACUGGUAUUUCCUGUUUGAGUUUUCUUUUUUUGACUACAAAUCCCAUAAUUCCAUUUUCCUCCCUCCCACACAUCAGCCACCCCACCCAUUGAAACAUAAAUGAGCUGCAUCCAUUCAAAAGACCUGUGCUUUUCAAUCAGGGUGCCUACAACUGUUGAGUUAGUUGCAGAUUGAUCUCUCUCCCACCAAGUGAUCGCUCCACCCAUUGAAGCAGACAGGCUCCCUGUCAUCAGCUGACUAGUGUGUCAGGUCUCGGCCGCAUUGCAACCUGGAAAAAAUCUGAGACAAGUAAUUUUGUAUGCUGUUAAAAAUAAAUAUUGGGGUAAAAAUCACAGAAGAAUUGUGAGAAAACCGUCACACACAGGUACAGACACUAUAUUAUGAGUUACACUGACUUUACAGCCCCUGCAGCAUAGUCAAAUAAAAAAUAAUCCUGGAAUACCAAUUUAAGUUUCUGCCUACUCAUAGAUAUUUCAUGUUUGGUGAAAAUAAAGGCCUCGAUUUA